AACAUUCACUGGGGAGGCGGGGAGUUUGCAUCACCUGGGCUUUCAGUGGUUCAUUCCUUUAAAUGAACACCGGGUCAGAAUUUACGAGAUGGCGGCCCCGAGAGAAACACAUAAGCAAAGGAGUUUUGAGUCGAUGAGCUCUCCCUUCACUGCCGUUUUUACCUCAGUUGGCGCGCAACAAAACGAAAAAGCCAUGAAACUUGCCUUCUAUAACACGGCUGCUCUUGUGUUCGUUUCCCUCAGUGGAUGUGCCGCAGUUGCAGUUUAUUAUGUUUUGGAACCUUUCUUGCGCCCUCUGCUAUGGGCUGGGCUGUGUGGAGCUUUUUUAUAUCCUUUCAAGUGGAAAUUAACGCAAAUAGUUCGAGGAUUUCUUCGUUCUUUGCGAGAAUCCAACACUCCAUUAGUAAUGGGUGCAAUGAUAAUACCUUUUCAGUUGGCCAACAAAUCGUCAGACGUAGUAGGGUCUUUCGUCGUACGAAAGAGCCGUAUUUUUGUCGUCUUUUGCCUCAUUGCAGUUAUUGUUUAUGUUUUGUACAUUAUUCAGCCAUUCCAUGAGAUUGUUUGGGUUUUAAAGGGAUCUGGAUCAGCUGUACAUGUCCUUUUGGACUUCUUUUAUAAUCCAUAUCUGGUUUGGACCAUCAUAAUUGGUUACAUUUUAAGCCUGAUAUUCCUCUGGACAACAAGCUCUUCAGGGGUCAUCUCUAUGUUUUCUCUUCCUGUUUGGAUAAUGUUUCUGCUUCAUCUUGUAUCACUCACUGGAUCAUACAGAAUUCUAUUUUUUAUGCUUCUUGUAAUCUGCUCUGUUGUUGGAUGUAUUACAGGUUUCUCCGAGGGAGAAGAUCAAGUUGAUAGUAAGCAAGUGUGGGAAAGCAAAAGGCGCAGUCUUUUGAGGGGCCUGUCAGUGGCAGCUGCUGCCCUGGUCACCUCUUUGCCAACCUCAGAUUCAAAUGAAUCCUGUGAUGAGGCUCACAAAGAGUCAUCCACAGGCCUCUCUACACCUCCAUCAGCUGUAUCCACUAAUGAAGAUAAAGAUGGUCUGGAUACUGUAGAUGGAAAAGUUUCUUCAAAGCUUCAAAAGGGUAUGAUUCAAAGACCAAAGCAAUCAAUUAAGAUUAAAAGAGAAGCUGAUGCAAAAUAUGAGGGAAGAAGUCAAGUUUAUUUUGUGGCUCUUUUCUGGGGAAUUUUUCUUUCAAGACUGUGGCUCCAUUGGGACUUUAUUAUGAUUCUGAUGAUACCAGUGACACUGUAUGGGUUAAAGCAGCUUCUGGUUUACUGGAGUUCCUCAAUCUGUUCAAGUUCUCCGGCGCUCUAUCUUCAUUCUCAGUGGAAACAUUUCAAAUGUUGGGUUGAUGAGAGGAGGCCAGCAUUGGUUCCAACUCCACUCAACAGAUUGUUUAAAGGAGGAAUAAAAGUCGAUCGUGCUAUCAACAGCGUAAUGGACAAAUCAAUGGAAAACAUAAUAAGUAUCUUUAUGGUGCUGUUCCUUUUUGUAGCUUUCUCUCUCAUUGCAGCCUUUUUUGCAGUGCAGGUUCACCAAGAAAGUGCACAACUGGUGUCUGUAAGUGCCAAUUUAGUGAACAAAGUGAUGGCUGACAAUCCUCAGCUUGUCAACUGGAUUCAAGAAAAUAAGGAACUGAAGAAAACAAUGGAGUCAGCUGUAGAGAGAGCAUACAUGCAUGGGAGAAAGUACAUAGCUGCCAAGGUUCAGUCCAUGUUUGGUGACAGCAAUUCCAGUGCACUCCAAGAGGAAGUGCUAGACCUGACUGAUCGCAUUUAUCAUUCAUGGAUUAAUUGGGGUAAUACUUCUACAGCAAAGGAGUUAUCAAAGAAUGGAACACUUACAAUAGAUGUACCAAACCACAUCAACACCAGUACAGCAAUCUCUUGGAAGAAUAUCAAGAACAUAUUCAAUGUGUUUGAUUUUCGAGUGUCUCUCUCUUUGAUCAGAGAAAAUCUUGGUACUCUUAUUUCUCUGCUGGAGUCUGUUUGGAUCUUUCUGAAGGGGAAUAUCAGUUUUGCCUUCAACCUUGUUACUACAAUGCUGUCCAUUGUGUUCUUCAGUGGUGCAUACCUUCUGAACACUGGCAUAUCAAUGAUUAUUUUUGUAACUGCAUUGUUUUACUUGUUGAGUACCUCUGGUGAACAGUACAAGCCUGUUGAGUGGUUUGGCAAACUAACAGCAACAGGUACAUCUGGGUUUGGAGAUUCUGCUUAUGGAGCCAUCAGAGAUGUUUUUGGAGCUGCUAUUAAAAUGGCAGCCUUUUAUGGUGUUUACACCUGGUUGACCCAUACCACAUGUGGUGUUAACAUUGUAUAUAUCCCGUCAGCAAUUGCAGCAAUUACAGCUGUUGUUCCAUUUAUUGGCACUUACUGGGCAGCAGCACCAGCUGUGCUUGAAUUGUGGUUAAUCCAGGGACGAGGAAUAAUGGCAGCUGUGUUAGCAGUCAGUCAUUUCUUACCCACAUACUUUGUAGACGUUGCCAUCUACAGUGAGAUCAGUGGUGGAGGUCACCCUUACUUGACUGGCUUAGCUGUGGUUGGUGGUAUCUAUUGUGUUGGGCUAGAAGGAGCCAUUAUGGGACCAAUAAUACUUUGCUGUUUGAUAGUGGCAUUCAAUGUGUAUAGCAGUGUGCUUGGUGACAGCAGUCCUGUGCCUGCUCCAGAUGUGCCAUUAGCCACAGGUGACAUGCAACACAGUACACGACACACACAGCAGAAAGGUGAUCAAGAGGGAAGGGGCGAGGCCUUGUCAGUCUCUUAGAUCAUAACAGGGAGUUGUCAAAUUUUAUGAAAAGAGAAUGUUACUAUAAUUUUAUGUUAGUCAGAAUACUUUCAAAAUUACGAGAAUUAUUGUUUAAAAACAAUUUAUGACUAAUAUUAUGUCAGAAAAUAUUAAAGAUCUACAAUCCUAGAUCACUGAAUCAGCUAUUAAAGCAAUUGAUCUUCAACUGAUAUUAUGGUUAGGAGCGAAAAGGAAAUCAUUUUGCUGAGGGAAGGAGUCCCAAAUGUUCCUUUUCUUUUUUACCAAGAUUUGAAAAUGUAGCUUUGCAACUUGCAUGGAUGCAUCCACUCAAAUUUAAUGUCAGCUUUCAUAAUAAAUUUCUUGUGGAGGUACCUUUGGGGAAAUCAAAGGAAGAAAUAAUGUGAUGCAAUUGAAACAACCGACUGGUAAAAGGUAUUUGAACUAUGGUUGUUUUAUGAAUUUUUAAGUUUUACUGUGACUUUUCUCACAAGAUGUAGAAUUUCACAUUAUUCAUUCACUCUGGGUAAUCUGCAGAAUGGGAUCUUGUACCACUCACUGAAAAAUUUACUUCAUUAUUAAUUUUUGUGGCAAUAAAAAUCCAAGAGAACAGAUUUGUGCACUGAUUCAUGGUACAAAAUUAUACAUUUUUUCCCCAAACUUUUUAAAACAAUUGAUUUCAUAAUCCAAACUCAAGGUUAUGAUUCAAGAAACAUGGCAUAUUUAGAGGAACCUUUUUUGAGGGUUUUUCCAUGAAUGAGAUGUUCUUCAGUCGCACUGAGAACACACAUUUGCAAAGAUUAAUGCUUAGAAAAGGAAAAUAUUGAUGGUUUCAAAACAAUAAUAAUAAUUAAAGUUGGAAAAUGAGCAGAGUGACAACAGUUCUCAUGAUUGAAACAACGUUUUGGUUUUGCAAACUAAAACAUGUUUCAUUCAUAAGAAUAACCAAGGUAGGCAUAACAUCACUCACAAAUAAUCAAUAUGGUACUCACAGUCUAUAGGAGGGAACACUUAUAAUAAUUUUUACCAUUAUUGGUACUAUUAUAAUUAUUAUAAUUAUCAUUAUUAUCUCAAUCACUGUUCUUAAAAUUAUGACCUGGCUGUGAGGCCUUGGGAAAUCAAAUGCCCCUUAUUUAAAACAGGUUGAGACUACACUCACCCCUUUCUGAACUUUUCAAGGUUGGAUUAAAAGAAAUUACUUCAACUUCAUAAUAUGAUAUAAGUUUAAAGCCCAAGUGGAAGUUAAAUAAAUAUAAUUAAAUUCUAUUUCAUUUAGAUUUUUCAAAAGUGAAAAAAAAGAAAAAUGGUUAUUUAAUAAAGAUUUCUUUCUUUGAAUAAAAGACAAAUUUUGUCAAGUUUGUGAUUUGUUACCGGUCUUAUAAAUUUACUUUUUGUUUGUCUAGGUGUCAUCACUCUCCCUAUGUACACUAAAAGUUCAAAAAUAGUCAAAAUAAUAGAAAUGUUACCUAAGUGAAUGAGAAGUGAGACUACUACAUAACUGCUUUUAGCAGAAACACAACCAGGGUUCAAUCCACUGAAACAGUCUUUUAUUUCAAAAUAAUAAUGUGCCUGUAGCAAAUUUUAACCCUAUUAUUGCCGUCUUACUCUCAGAGACAGUAAAUCAUGUUGAGGCUUUGACAUUUGCUAACAAAUUGAUGUGAGUCAGAAGCAAAUAAAUUGAGGAUGAAGCACAGAACUGGUACUUGCUUAACAUUUGGCUAACGUAACUUUGCAAUAGACACUAUAGAAAUAAUGGUUGGGGUAGUAACUUACAAAAGUUGUGAGAUAUGUAUCUAAAAUAAAGUAAACUCUCUAUU